AUGGCGACCUUAAGGGGUUGUCAGUUGCUUAGGAAAUUCUUUGGCGUUACCCCGUUGCUAAGACUGGGGCAGAGAGUCUCCUCGCCGUUGGUGCACGUUCCGGUUAGUGUUGCCCGGGUCCGGUGCGCGGCCACGAACCCUGGCGAUGGCGGGCAAAAGGUUUCUGCUCGGCUUGCGGAAAUGCGACAGAUUCUCCAGGAAGCCGAGGAGCGGGCGCUCUCUGCUGGGUCAGAACCCACACCUAAAAUCACCAUAGGUAACUCCGGUGGAGAGGAUUUGUGGAAGAAGGUCAUCUGAUCCCUCCUCAUCUCUUUUGCAUUUCUUUUAGUUGAAUUAUUCGUCGCCAUAUUUUUUGAAAAGGGCUUUGGUAUUGGACAAUUUUCUUGACGAUGGGUGUGAGUGGAAUUCAUUCGUCUUUUCUCUCCCCUGAAAAAGUGAUGCUUGUUACAGGUUACCGUUUACUAUAUUGUUGUGUGGACUUGCGGCCCUCUAAUUGAAUGAUAUAGCCUAAAAUUUUAUUUUACUAAACAAGGGAAGGAGGAUUAGUCGGUUGACAGUUGUAGAAGGCGAGGAAGAUUUGUAAUUAAGUUCGAUUGAGUUUGAUGAGGAAACAUAAUCACAAUUAGAAAAAUAUUAUUUCAGUUGCACGACCAGUUUCCAUACUCAUAUAACAGGGAUUUUCUUUCCGUUCUAGUUUGGUCUGGAAGACCAAUGGGAAAAUCAGCUGGCUAUUUUCUUGUAGAUUUUUUUAUGCCACGCUGGUGUUUUAUGACUGGUGAGAGUGAGGGAGAGGGAGAGAGAGAGAGAGAGAGAGAGAGAGAGAGAGAGAGAGAGAGAGAGAGAGGCAAAUAUUGGGUUUUUCUAUUUUUUUAAUCCAUUUUUUUCUUCCAAUGCUAGAGUUAAAUUUUCUCUGGACUCUUUAUGAUAUAUAUUCACUUGAGGCUGUCAAAUGAGCUUAGAAUAUCAUGCAUUUCAUUUCUGUUUAUCCUCAACUUGUGCCCAACAAGUCAUGAUGUCCACGUUGUGGCAUUUUGACGUGACAAGUAAUUUAAACUUUCUCUUUCACAGAUCAUGUCACUGUUGGUUUUGCGAGGAGCGGUGGCCCAGGUGGCCAGAAUGUAAACAAAGGUUUGCUGAAGCUUUUUCUUCCACUAUUGUUGGAUCGUCACUGUCUGGAGUGUACAUCCUUCUAAGUGAUAUCUGCUGUCUAUAAUGAAAAUCCAGUUGUUUCGCCAUUUAUUCUUUGGGCUCCCUUCUCAUGGUAUUUUAUCUACGAAGACAGUUUUUAUUUACUUUAGAGUACACCCUGAUGAUCACGGAAACUCUCUGUUUAUUGACUAGUUCAAUUUCUUUGAAAUCUAAACUGCUGCUCUUCAUUUGCCCUGCAUGAGAUGAAGUCUUUUUUCUUCCUUUGCAAACAUGGUGUUUCCUUCUGUACACCAAGUUAGUUGCCUCACAUGUGCAGUGCUGAUAUGAUCACUUUCUUCAUAUUUCCUUCAAUGCCAGGUUUCUGUUUUUAAGCUGUAUGUUAGGAGGGAUCAAUCAAUCACACAGUUAAAUUGCGCAUACAGAUUAGAUGUAGAAUACCCAAUCACGCAGUCAUGAUGUACGAAUGGAGAUGAAAAUAGAAAAAAACGGUAGAAGAUGGGGAGAACACUUUCUAACAUUUCAGCAUCGUUUCUUAUGCAUUUUUUGAGUGGAUAAAUGGCCAGGGUAGCGUAGCAAAGUAGCUAAAUUUCAUUGGGGCCUUGAUGGAGGGGGAGGAUGACAGGAUUACAAACAGUUGUGAUACCUUUGGUGGGAAUAAAAAGAGGGGCUUAUUCUGCUCAUGUUUCAGUGUUUGAUUGGGGUGUCCUCUCUAUCAGGUUUGUUUACUAUUCUUCGGCAUAAAAAGAUGCAGGACCUUUAAAUGAUAGAGAAAUGACUUAAAUUCUGUGGAUCUACAGAAUCACUGAUCAAGUUAUCACACUGAAAGUUAUGCUGAAACCAUUUGGCAUCAAACUAACAGUUUGAAACAGCUAAGUUGAAAAUGAGUGUCUAUCACUCUGUCUAAGUGCAUGGUGAGGAAGCAGUAUUUCAAGAAGCCAAGGAAACCAUUCUUUUAGUUGCCAAGUGUAAGAUGGUUAUCAACAUGGAAAAUCUUGAUGGCAGAAUGGGAGAGAAUAAUUCAAUAGGUUAUUCCUAUGUUUUUCUGCUCCUGUAAAUUAGCUCAGCACGUAGUUCUUUAUCUUUCUAUUUUGUCAUUUUUCUGAAAUAUUUUUAUUGCUGCAGUGAACACUAAGGUAGAUAUGCGCUUCAAUGUGAAGAAUGCGUAUUGGUUGAGCGACAGAAUCAGGGAAAGAAUCUUGCAAAUGGUUUGGCUCUGGCACCAUCAUCCUUUCUCCUUAUAGGCACACGCACACAUGCGUGCAAUACAAACACUGCUUAAAAAUUCUCAUCUGCCCCUUCUCUUUUCACGUCCCCUCCUUGGCUGUGCUCAAUCAGUGGUGUGAAAUGUCUUUUCCUGUUAACUCCUUAAUGCAUGUCUCCUAUUGAGUAUUUAAUUCAGCUAAUAGUUAUCUUGUAGACUCCCAUUUAUUGUGCUCCACUAGUGCCUCUCAUAUGCGAUUUUAAUUUGUGAUUUGAAUUCUUUUUUAUUGGAAACUUGAUUCUAAGGUAAUCAUAAUUAAAUACGGGCAAUCAACUAUGACUUGCUAUUGCUCUGUAAAAACAGCUCAAAGCAACCUAAUAAAAGAGCAUUGGCUUGUUAUAAUUAUCAGUGUUCUAUGUCGGGGCUAAUUGGCUUUCUCAACUGAAACCUGACUCUUAACUUAGUAACAUAGACAUUGGACUGCCGAGUUCUUUAUCACCCUUUUUUCUUUGGACCUCUGAAAAUGAUCAAUUAUUUGCUUCUGGUAUGAAGAUGUUUUUAUAUUUACAGGAAAAAAACCGGAUUAACAAAGAUGGGGAGAUAGUGAUAUCCUCAACGAAAACCAGAACGCAGAAGUAAGCUCUAUUUGCAUCUUUAUUUAUGGAUUAACAUCUGUAGUGCAUGCAGUUCCUCAUUAUUGUAUUUUUCUUCAGGGGGAACAUUGAAGAUGCUCUGGAGAAACUCCAGGUAUGACAACCAUUGGUGCAUCGUACUGAACAAAAAUUGUCUGUAAUGAUGAUUAACUACAUAUAUUCUGAAGUAAAUAUUGAUUUUUUUUAUGGUUUUAUGUCCCCUUCAUGUGGUACUAUUGACAGGCCAUCAUAGAUGCUGCUGCAUACGUCCCACCUCCUCCUUCAGAAGAACAAAAGAAAAGGAUCACAAAACUGUACCCACCUCAUUCCCUUUUAAUUAUUUAUUUAUUUAUCCAUUCAUUCAUUUUCCUGCUGCAAACUUCUCUCCGAGUGCCUUGAGUCACUUCCUUCCGAAGAACACCAUGCAUACCCUUAAUUAUCAGAAAACCCAUGUAAACAUGGUUGUGGUCUGAUUUCGAACCUUAUUAUUGCAUCGUUUACAGCUUUGACUUAACUGUGGUCAAGGUCUAAGGAGACGCAAGAAUAAUAUUUUCGGCUUGAUUACCAGAUGGCCCCCUACCAACAUGUUUAUGAUCUGAUCUAGAACCUUAUCAUUACAUUCCUUUGUACAGCUGUGACUUAACCAUGGUUAAGGCCUAACUAGACUUGAGAACAGCAUUUGUACCUUUCUUUCAUUUUUCAUAACCGUUGACCAAACCGUGCAUUAAAAUCAAGGAUGAAGUAGACAUCUGUUUUCAUAAUCUUCUUCUAAUAUCCUUUCUAUUUGAAUGACAAAGUGCUCAAGAACAGUAAUCAUGGUUUAUGUUUUUACAAUGCCAUCCAAAGCUUUGUGUGAAUAUUCGAGCUGAAAAAACUGAAUUUUCGUUUGUUAGGUGGCUGAAUGUGUGCUGUUUCAUUGUAUAAACGAUAUCAUGCUGGUUAAACAAAUACUUAAAUGACAUUAAUUAGCCACAUUGCUGCUUCAAACUUUAUCAAUGAAGGGCUAAUGCGGCAGAGCAGAAAAGGCUGCAGAACAAGAAAGCUCUCUCUCAGAAGAAGGCAAUAAGGCGCACCAAAGAUAGUUGGGAUUGA